AUGAGGCUAUUGGAAACUGCCCACGGGUCACAAGCACUCGGGAGCUUUGUCAUGUACGAGGGAGACAAUGCGCCAGACUUUGCUAUUCUCUCCCACACGUGGGGAACAGAGGAGGUUACAUUGCAAGAUGUGCACGAUGCCCAGAAGGACAUCACACUGAUGGCCGGAUACCCCAAGAUCACGGGAGCCUGCCGACUUGCCCAGAGUCAGGGGUAUGACUACAUCUGGAUCGACACGUGCUGCAUCGACAAGACGAGCAGCGCCGAAUUGUCCGAGGCCAUUAACUCCAUGUUCAACUGGUACGAGCAGGCCAGUGUCUGCUACGUCUACCUCUCUGACUUGGACUACUCGAUAUACCAGCAGCCAGGUAUGACUGCUCCUUUGGAACUGGCGCUGCGCGAAUGCCGAUGGUUCACCCGCGGCUGGACACUUCAGGAGCUCAUUGCACCCGACAACGUUGACUUUUACGACACCAACUGGCUUUUCAUCGGCUCCAAGCUCGACGAGUCACUUGGUCCCGCGCUGGCAACCGUCACAGGAAUCAGUCUCGACAUCUUGAACAAGACGGUCCCCCUGGAGUCGUCGAGCGUCGCCGAGCGCAUGCACUGGGCCUCGUCGAGAGUCACAACCCGCAAGGAGGACCUGGCCUACAGCCUGAUGGGCAUCUUUGGCGUCAACAUGCCGCUGCUGUACGGCGAGGGGAUGAAGGCUUUUGCGCGGCUGCAGGAGACCAUACUCCAGGAUACGGGAGACCAUUCCAUCUUUGCGUGGCACAGUAACUACGAGACGUCUACGCAGGAGGCGGCGUUUGACCAGCACAUCCUCAGCGGCCUGCUCGCUCCGUCGCCGGUUGAGUUUUCCCAGUUUCAGUACCUUCGCCCGUUGCCGGCGUUCGGGACGACGGGGCAGCAGCCGAUCCAGCUUACGAACCAGGGGAUUAGGAUUUCCAUGUACCUUGAGCCCGUGGACGAUGACCCGGGCAGCGGCGACGGCAGCGCGGCGGACGACUUUUAUGCUGUUUUGGACUGCGCCAUCCAGGGCGAGAACGGGGACCAGUGCCCGCGUAUCAUGCUGAGGAAGUUAUCGGGGAACCAGUACGCCCGGGUCCGGACGGGGAGUGUCUGCACGGUGAUCCCGGCGCCGGAUUCGACGAGGCCGGGGCGGGGCAGCUACAAGACUGUUUUCGUCAAGCGGAGCCCAGCGUAUGUUUUACCGGAUAUUUCUGUCCUCAACGCGGGCUGGAAGGCGGGCGGCGCCCGGGAGGCGUAUCGGGUUGUCGAUGCGUAUCCCACGGGACCGUGGGUGCCGAGUCUGGGGAUUUUGAGGACGGGGAACCCGUACUUUGAGCCGGUGCUUGCUGGGUUGCGGUUUGAGUCGCCGACGAACGCGCGGAUUCAGGUUGAUGUUGUCGUCGGGUGGAGGAGGGUGGAUGGGGAGUGGAAGGUGUGGUGCCAUGCUUGUGAGGCGCAGGCUGACUUGGGGGUUGAUGUGCUGUGGGGGGAUACGCAAUUUGCCGUGUCUGGUGGGCUGGAUCAGUUUGUUGAGACGGACGUGGAGGUCAAGGUCCAAGUCGAGGGAGAUGUUGAACGGAAUUGGAGGAGCAGGGGGUUCGCUCAGGUCAAGAGGCAUGAGGUUCCUGUGCGCGUGAGGUUGGUGGAGGUUGAUAGGCUUGGGAGGAAGGGGGUUAGGAUUGAGUGUUGUGCGCCGUUGCAGCCGCACGUUCCUGGGUAUCAGAAGACGGGGCUUUUGCCGUGGGAUGAAUAUGAUUGA